GGAUGACGCAGACGGCGGGAGUCUCGCGGAGAAGUAAACAUUCAGUCGGUCAGAAUUAACAAUGGGAAACAGAUCUUCUCCGGGAAACACACUGUAAAGCCUGUGUACAGUACGGAUCAGCAGGAGAGCAGCUUGAUCAGUUGGGAUGCAGGCAGUGGAGGAAGCGGAGUCAGACAGACAGGAGGUGAAGUGUGUGAGGGAGCUGGAGGACACGUCCACCACAGAGGACACGCAGAAACAAAGUGAGGACGCCACAAAAACCGAGGACAUGACCGAGGAUGAAAAGGAUGAGGAGCAAGGCAAAGAUUGUAUGGAAACAGAUGAGCAAAAGGAGGAAAGGAAGGACGACGAAGACAUGCCCAACGGGUGCCAGACCCAGCAGGAGGACGACGACUGGGACAUCCCGUACAGUGACGAGGAGCUGGAGGACCCUAAAAACUGGAUGCCCCCGCCUGAGGAGAUCAAGCGCUUGUACGAGCUGCUGGCUAAAGGAGAAGUCCUGGAGCUGAAGUGGAUCCCUUUGCCUCUCAGACCUCCGACUCCACCUCGCACACCAUCCCCAGAGAGAGAUGGAGAAGACUCGGACUCAGACAAACAGGAAGAGAGCGAGCACAAGCCCCCCACACCUACAGAGUUUGAUUUUGAUGAAGAGCAGACCUCCAUGACUCCCAAGAACUCUUUCCUCAGCCGGCGCAGAACUCCAGGUUCCUCCACUCGUUCGGUGAAGCGAACGGCUCAGCUCGACAAGGUGCUCUCUGAUAUGAAGCGCCACCAAAAGCUGGAAGAACAGAUCCUCAGGACAGGUCGUGACCUUUUCAAAAGCGAAAAAUCCGCACAGGAACGCUCGUCUUCCAGCACCCAGCGGGAACGGGACAAGGAGAGGGAGAGGGACAGCGACCCGAGCACGAUCUUCAGCCCCAGGCAGAGGAGAUAUUGAGAGAAUAUAGAGGAGCAGGGACUUGUUUGGGUCACACCCUUAUUUCAGUUUUUUUUAAGAACAGAUGAUAACUUGUUUCUUUAUUUUAUUAUUAUAAUUUUUUUACAUCAGGUUUAAACACUUGUGAAUUUAAUAUGAAUUGUGUGAAAGAGAUUCUGAGCAAAUGUUGAAUGCAUUGAAUAAAUGUCUUAUGUUCAUAACAGAAUGUUGAUUU